CAUAUUGAGAACAAGGAAAAAAAAAAAAAAAAAAAAAAAACAGAGAGAGAACAAACAAACAAGCAAAUUACCAAUAAGGUUUUUCUCCCUUUUUGUUUUUUUUUCAAAGCAACUGGGUUCCGAUAUAAGCUAUAGCGUUAUAAGAUCGUACGUUUGAAGGGGAGGUUUUUGCCAAUAAUGGCGAGUAGUGCAAAUGGAAACAGUGAUGAUGUUGAUGAGAAAAUCACCACCACCACCAUGACAGGUGAGAGUUUUCGGAGAAUAACAACAAACCCAACAACAAUAAGCAGUAAUUCAAUUUGGACGAACAUGGAGAUGGGAGCUUUCUCAAGGUCGUCACGUGAGGACGAAGACGAUGAAGAAGCUCUUAAAUGGGCCGCUCUCGAGAGACUUCCAACUUAUAGUCGGUUGAAGAAAGGUUUCUUCGUCACGGGUUCUCCGGGAAACGCACGUGAGAUCGAUGUUAAGAGUCUUGGAUUUCAAGAAAGGAAAGAGUUGGUCGAUAGGUUGGUCGGAGAUGAUGAAGAGGAUCUUUCUCGGUUCUUGUUCAAGCUCAAGAACCGCAUCGAUAGGGUGGCAAUUCGUAUUCCUACAAUAGAAGUCAGAUUUGAGAAUUUAAACGUUGAAGCAGAAGCAUAUGUUGGAAGCAGAGCUUUGCCUACUUUCUUAAACUACUGCUUCAAUUUAUUUGAGGGAUUCUUCAACUUUCUUCAUAUACUUCCAACACGAAAGAAGCAGUUGUCCAUUCUCAAAGAUGUUAGUGGGAUCAUCAAGCCUGGAAGAAUGACACUGCUUUUGGGUCCUCCGAGUUCUGGCAAAUCCACGCUCUUAUUGGCAUUGGCUGGAAAGCUUGACCCGACUCUUAAGUUUUCGGGAAGGGUGACUUACAAUGGCCACGACAUGCAUGAGUUUGUGCCUCAGAGAUCUUCUGCCUAUGUGGACCAGCAUGAUCUCCAUAUUGGAGAAUUGACAGUCCGAGAAACGUUGGCCUUCUCUGCUAGAUGCCAAGGGGUUGGACCACGUUAUGAUAUGCUAGCAGAGUUGGCUAGAAGAGAGAAACAAGCAAAUAUCAAGCCUGACCCAGACGUAGAUGUCUAUAUGAAGGCAAUAGUCGCAAAAGGCCAGGAGGCAAGCAUUGUGACAGAUUAUGUUCUGAAGGUUUUGGGAUUGGAUGCCUGUGCGGAUACCUUGGUGGGAGACCAAUUGUUAAGGGGUAUCUCUGGAGGACAAAAGAAGCGUGUCACAACAGGGGAGAUGCUGGUCGGACCUGCAAAGGCAUUGUUUAUGGACGAAAUAUCCACUGGCUUGGACAGUUCAACAACUUAUCAAAUUGUGAACUCGAUUAAACAAAGUGUUCACAUUCUCCAAGGGACUGCAUUCAUAUCGCUCUUGCAGCCAGCUCCUGAAACUUAUGAUCUUUUCGACGACAUUGUUCUUCUCUCCGAUGGUCAAAUUGUAUAUCAGGGUCCUCGGGAACAAGUUCUUGAGUUCUUUGAAUCCAUGGGUUUUAAGUGUCCCGAGAGGAAAGGCGUGGCAGACUUUCUGCAAGAAGUGACAUCAAGGAAAGACCAGGAGCAAUAUUGGGUAAGGAAAGAUGAGCCUUACAGUUUUAUCUCGGUUGAGGAGUUUGCUGAGGCAUUCCAAUCAUUCCAUGUUGGACGGGUACUUGGAGAUGAACUUGCAACUCCAUUUGACAAAUCAAAGAGCCAUCCAUCUGCUUUGACAACUAAAAAAUAUGGUGUUUCAAAGAAGGAACUCCUGAAAGCUUGCUUCUCAAGAGAGUUCUUGCUUAUGAAAAGGAAUUCAUUUGUCUACUUUUCCAUGCUCUUUCGGCUUGCAAUGACAGCACUGAUAACAAUGUCAGUGUUCUUACGAACUGAGAUGCACCGCAAUUCUGUAAUUGAUGGAGGAAUUUAUCUGGGAGCUUUGUUCUUCAGUUUGAUUACUGUUAUGUUCAAUGGGAUGUCUGAGCUGUCCAUGACUGUUGCUAAGCUUCCUGUCUUUUACAAACAACGAGACCUGCGCUUCUUUCCUCCAUGGGCAUAUGCACUUCCCUCAUGGAUUCUGAAGAUCCCUGUUACAUUUGCAGAAGUGGCUAUUUGGGUUUUCAUUACAUACUAUGUCAUUGGAUUUGAUCCAAAUGUAGGAAGGUUGUUCAGGCAAUUCCUUAUACUCUUUCUUCUCAGUCAGAUGGCUUCUUCGUUGAACCGAUUUAUAGCUGCAGUUGGUCGGAACAUGAUUGUUGCUUCUACCCUUUCCUCAUUAUCUCUAGUUAUACUUUUUUCCUUGGGAGGUUUCGUUCUCUCAAGAGAGCAUAUAAAGAAAUGGUGGAUUUGGGGCUACUGGCUAUCACCCUUGAUGUAUGGUCAAAAUGCAAUAGUAGUUAAUGAGUUUCUUGGGAAAAGUUGGGAUAAGUUUCUUCCAAACUCAGAGGAAUCUCUGGGAGUUGCGGUUUUGAGGUCACGUGGAUUUUUCACUCAAGCAAAUUGGUAUUGGAUAGGAGUAGGGGCAUUGUUGAUAUAUGUAUUACUGUUCAACUUCUGUUUCAGUUUGGCCCUUACUUAUCUCAGCCCUUAUGUGAAGCAGAAUGCUGUUAAAUCAGAAGCAUCUCAAAGCAAUCAAAUUGAUAGCAAGACAAGAGAAAUCAUUAGGUCACAGAGCAGGAAUACUAGUUUUAGUCUACGAGCCAGCAAAGAGAGUGGAGAUCAAGAACUUAAGAGCGCAAGCAGUCCCUCCAGGUCCUUAUCUGUUAGGACCGAAGCUGUUGCUAAUAUGAAUAAGAAGAAAACUGGAAUGAUUCUUCCAUUUGAACCCCAUUUCAUCACUUUCGAGGAUAUCACCUACUCCGUUGACAUGCCACAGGGAAUGAAAGACCAGGGUAUCCUUGAGGAUAAAUUGGUGCUUCUCAAGGGUGUGAGUGGUGCUUUCAGGCCAGGUGUUCUCACAGCUUUGAUGGGUGUAAGUGGUGCUGGUAAAACUACUCUUAUGGAUGUUCUGGCUGGUCGGAAAACUGGAGGAUAUAUAAGUGGAAAUAUCUCAAUUUCUGGUUACCCAAAGAAACAGCAAACAUUUGCUCGGAUUUCUGGAUACUGCGAACAAAAUGACAUCCACUCUCCUCAUGUUACUGUAUAUGAGUCCUUGGUCUAUUCAACAUGGCUGCGUUUGUCCUCAGAAGUCAAUUCUGAAACAAGGAAGAUGUUCGUUGAGGAAGUGAUGGAACUUGUGGAGCUGAACCCAUUAAGACAAGCAAUGGUGGGAUUACCUGGUGUCAAUGGUCUUUCAACGGAGCAGCGCAAGAGGCUAACAAUUGCAGUAGAGCUAGUGGCUAACCCAUCCAUAAUAUUCAUGGAUGAACCAACUUCAGGGCUGGAUGCAAGAGCUGCUGCCAUCGUUAUGAGAACAGUUAGGAAUACUGUGGACACUGGAAGAACAGUUGUGUGUACAAUCCAUCAGCCAAGCAUUGACAUAUUCGAGGCUUUUGAUGAGCUACUCCUAAUGAAGCGAGGAGGACAAGAGAUAUAUGCAGGUCCAUUGGGUCGGCACUCUUGCCAUUUAAUCAAGUACUUUGAGGGAAUUCAAGGAGUCAGUAAAAUUAAAGAUGGUUACAACCCAGCAACAUGGAUGUUGGAAGUUACAACUCCAGCGAAAGAAAGAGAUUUGGGAAUUGAUUUUGCUGAAGUAUACAGAAAUUCUGAACUUUACAAGAGAAACAAAGCACUUAUUGAGGAAUUAAGCCGUCCUGCUCCUGGAUCAAAGGACCUAUAUUUCCCAACUGAAUACUCACAGUCACUUUUCACACAAUGCUUGGCUUGCUUGUGGAAACAACAUUGGUCUUAUUGGCGCAAUCCACACUACACUGCCUUAAGAUUCCUUUUCACGGCCUUUAUGGCCAUAAUAUUUGGGACAAUGUUCUUGAAUCUUGGUUCAAAAUGGACAAAGCAACAAGAUCUUUUCAACGCCAUGGGUUCCAUGUAUGCCGCAGUUCUCUUCCUUGGUAUUAAAAAUUCGACGUUAGUGCAGCCAGUGGUUUCUGUGGAGCGAACAGUCUUUUAUCGAGAACGAGCCGCCGGAAUGUAUUCAGCCCUUGCCUAUGCCUUUGCACAAGUUAUGAUCGAGAUCCCUUAUGUCUUUGCUCAAGCUUUGGUAUAUGGGCUUAUAGUUUACGCAAUGGUUGGAUUCCAAUGGACUUUUGUUAAGUUCUUCUGGUAUCUAUUCUUCAUGUUCUUCACAUUUUUGUACCUCACUUACUAUGGCAUGAUGGCUGUGGCCUUGACUCCAAACCAGCACAUUGCUGCUAUAUGUGCAGUUACAUUUUAUGCAGUGUGGAACCUCUUUUCAGGAUUCGUAAUCCCAAGAACAAGGAUUCCUAUAUGGUGGAGAUGGUAUUACUGGGCAUGUCCACUAGCUUGGACCUUGUACGGUUUGGUUGCAUCACAGUUUGGUGAUGUAAAGGAGGUGAUGGAGACAGGACAAACAGUAGAAGAGUUUUUGAUGGACUACUUCGGAUUUGAUCAUGAUUUCUUGGGAGUUGUUGCAGUUGUGGCUGCUGGGUUCGCACUAGUUUUUGCAUUUGUAUUUGCCUUGUCCAUUAAGAUAUUGAAUUUCCAAACGCGAUAGGAAAUUUUUUCAUUCUUUUGUAGACAAUUUUUUGAGGGGUUAUAAGUGGGUAAAAAUGGAGUGACAAUGAGAUUCAUUUAUACGGUAGAUGGGUGGAAAUGCCAAAGAAACUACACCUAACAUCUAUCAAUAUAUUGUAGAGUUAGAUUCAUUCGGUAGAUUAUAUAAUUGUAAUUAGUGUUAUAUACAAUUUACGUUUAUUUGAUUAGAGACAUAAUUCUUUAUAUACUUGUAAAUUUACAUAUCAUAUUUAUCCAUUACUUGGGUA